GCUUCAGACUGCCGGUCCCUGAGACAGCACCAGAUGGCAGUGAAUGUCCUUUCUUCAGGCUCCGCCCCCAACAUAAUAACAUCCUUUUAAUCCCUGACAUGUGUGCAAAGCCUUAGUUGAUGUCAUUUUCAGCCUACAAAUAUUGAGGGUCUUAAAUUCUAUUUCAUGGAAGGGGAAACUGAGACCCAGAGAGACACAGCUUACUGGAGAUCUCAACCAAUUAGAGUCACACUCAAUGAGUGACAGGUUCCUUAGCUGUGGGCAAAUGCUUAGUACAAGCUUAGUUCAAUUAACCAACUAUAUAUCCAUCUACUGGGGACCCUGUCUUGGGCUCAGCAUCCCCUCAAUUUGAUAGGGUCUUUCAAUCUUCCCGAUUCUGGACAUUUUUCCAGGAGGUUUCUGAAGAUUGGGCCCGUUUCAAGGCGACCUUCUCUGCCUUCUCUCUAUCUUACAACCCAAUAAGUGGCAGUCUCCCAGCUGUUUUGAUCCCAGAAAGGUUUUCGCACUGCCAUAGGGCGCCCCCUUGAGGUUGCUUCACCCGCUGACCAUGUUCCAGCGCUUUACCAGCCUUUUCUUCAGCAAUCCUUCGCCUCCUGAAGACUCCAACUGUCCCGGGGCCUUCGUCUCAGAGGAGGAUGAAGUGGAUGGCUGGCUCAUCAUUGACCUGCAGGACAGCUACACAACUCCCCCAAACCCUGGGGCCUCUCCUGCUCCCGCAGGCCGCCCUCCACCUGCGCCCUCCUUGAUGGACGAGAGCUGGUUUGUUACCCCUCCCGCCUGUUUUACUGCAGAGGGGCCUGGUCUUGGGCCCGCGCGCCUCCAGAGCAACCCCCUGGAGGACCUCCUCAUUGAGCAUCCCAGCAUGUCCGUUUAUGUCACCGGCAGCACCAUAGUGCUGGAGUCUGGGCCACCUUCCCCUCAUCCUGACACUGCCUUGCCUGAUCAGGAUCUCAGUGAUGGAGAGUUGGCGGCGCCUGCCCGCCGGGAGCCCAGGGCUCUGCACCACACAGCAGCUGCUGCUGUGCCUGCGCGGGCUGUGCUGCUGGAGAAGGCCGGCCAGGUGCGGAGGCUGCAGAGGGCCCGGCAGCGGGCAGAGCGCCAUGCCUUGAGUGCUAAAGUGCUGCAGCGGCAGAAUCGGGCCCGGGAAAGUCGUUCUCGCCGGCCCAAGCACCAGGGUAGCUUCAUUUACCAGCCGUGCCAGCGCCAGUUCAACUACUGAGCGCCCCCACUGCACCUCGAAUCCUGCAGUUUCCUGGUCUCAUCUGCCUCCUCUGCAGCAGCCAGUGUGCUGCUCGAGGGCUGUCCAGGGUCCGCCUGCCUCCAUCUGGAUACCACAGCCUCCCUCCUUCCUAAGUGUUUGAGGUGGGAUGAUGGCCCUCCACUCCCGGGUUUCUCAGUUUCUGAACUAAUUCACCUGCUAACCUCUUUCAUCCAGGGUCACCCUCCCCACCUCUGUUUCUGAUUCUUCACCAUCUCACUCCCCACUCCUACCCUCCCAUCUCCCCUUUCAGACCCCUAACCUUGUCAUCCUGCUUCUUCACUUUUGUCCUCCUAACCCACCGAUUUUAAGAAGCCUCUCCCACCAUGACCUGGCACAGUCUCCAACUUCCAGCUCCUACUUUCCAAGACUUACUCUUUUCUGUUCGGUAUUGCUCCUGUUCCCUUUUUCAUUCCUGGCAAUUCCCUCCCCCAAUCCUGACUAGGUACAACCUGCCAGGCCUGGGCCAUUGUUCUUACCCUGUAGUCAGGUGUCAGGCUCAGGGUUUUGAUUUCAGUUUUCUUCCUCUGUCUGCCUUGGGGGCUGAGCUCCUUGGAGCUGCUUAGGCCUGGAAAGUUUAAGUAUGUGGAGGAGGACAGUGAGUUGUAAGUUAGAUAAGGUGAAGGGAAUAGAGAGAAAGCAGGCAGUCUAUUGGGAAAUGCAGACAGGGACAGAUGGGUUGAGACACAGCAGGGAGCAGGGCAUUGUGAGAGCCGGCACUGGGCACUGUGCUUGGUCAGAGGAGCUAAGCCCUGGUCUUAGGCUUGAGCCUGGAGUCUGCCCCCAUUUCCUUUUCCUGUAAUCCUUCCUUCCAGAAUACCCCCUACCCCUCGUGUGAGUCUUGAGUCAGAAGGGCUUGUACCUUGUCACCUUCCCUUGACAUUGCCACCCCAGGAGUAGAAGCUGGGUAAUGCCCUGACAUCCUGGCCAUCUUUGUUCACAUGCCCAAGGUGCUAGAAUUAGGAGACGCAGGCCAGAGGGCUUCUAGGCAGGGAAAAGGGUAUAUACCCCAAGGCAAGAAUGCAGAAGAAUGAUGCUAAGGAUACCUUUGGGGUAAAGCCAUCCCCAGACUGACAGCUCUGCCUUCAUCUUGCCUCUGGCCUUAUACUUCAUACUUUGCUCAAUGUGGCUGAUUAAUAAACACUCCUGGAUUAGGAGGCCAGGAGUCUCACCGUUCCAGUUCCCAAAUUUUUCUUACAGAAGUUCAGGGCCUUCAAGUGGCUUCUUAAUGCUUUCCCACAGGGCUCUUCCUGAGUCCCCUGUGGCCUUUCCUCCCCUUCUAGUCAAAUAGCUGGAGUAAGGAAUUCUUGGGUAGAGCACAGGGAUGGGGUAGCCAGCUUCUUCCUUCUUGUGGUGGGGCUCAGACACCAGCAACAGCCUCUUGGGAUGCCCCAAGUCGUUUCAUAUUCUUUCUAGCUGUCCUUUUUUAACUGUGUGCUCUUUCUUCCUCAAAAGUUUUAGAUUUCCUGUUACAUAUUAACACAGGUCUUCCCUUUCACUUCAACUCCGCGUUUCCAGGCUUCAGAGCCAAGCCAGGGUUGGAGAAAACUGCAUUCCUGAGGGUAAAAGUAGUCACCCUCUCCGAUCCUUUCUCAUCAGGCUUCAUGUGGGGAUGAGAGGGUGUCCCCAGGAUGGGGACAGAGGAAGCCUUGCUAGGGUCACCUAGCCCAAGGAUAAGCCAAAUGCAAACUACACGCAGAUCAAAACCUCACACCAGCUUAUUAGGGCCCUAGUAGUUGAUAUCCUUGCUCCUGUCCCAAGUUCUUCAGUGACAACCUAAUACAAUACUCUUCCUGCUCUUCUAAGGUCACUUCCCAGCCAGCUUAGGGACUUCAGCACUUCCAAGAGCUGAAACUCCUCCAGCCCUUCUUGUCUAUUCCUCACUGCCAGAUGGGGCCUAGGCUCAGUCCUGGGCAAGUGCCCAUGAUCCUGCUGCUGUGGGAUGUUUGAUAGGGCAUUUGGCUCAAAUUUCAAAAGGCCUCGCUCCUGACCUGUCUUUCUAGAAGCUCCUGUAGUUCUAGAACCCUCCAAUCUCUCAUCUGACUGGUUGCAAGGCUCAUUUUUCUUUUGUACUUUCCUAUAGAUUCUGUAGCAUUUGAGUGUGGCAAUAUUUUAAUUGUGUAUAGAUUUCUUAAGAACCAACACUACGCAGUCUCCUGCUAGUCUGCCUCCUGAAGCAUCAGACCUUGUCAUACUGUAUUGACUGUGUAUGUGCCUUUCACCUUGAGCAUGCUUCAGGAUUUUUUUUCUUAAACCACAGAACUUGAAUAUACAAGGGAACCAGAAUUCACAAAGUCCUAUGCAACCUAGACAGGAGGAGGUUAGAGAGUCUGUCUUGACUGAUUUCAGAGACCCUAGAGCAAUUUGUACCAGUUUGUAUUAAUGUCAAUACUACCAGCACUUUGCCAAAACUAAGGAUGUCAGAGGGACCUGUUUCUAGAGUGAGUCCCAAUUACAUCAAAGGGCAACUUCCAGCUUUCUCCAAUAAGUCUGAGUGGUUCUCUUGAGCUGGUGUCACUUUCUAACCUUUGCCAGUCUAGCCCCAGCAGGGCACUAUGUGUGUGUGAGUGCUGUUUGGUGCUGUUUUGGAGUAUGCCUGCUCCCCAGCCUGGAAUCCUCUGAUCAACUUGCUGUGACCUAUAAUGUCUUAGGUGCAACAAGGACCCUACCAGAGCUCCUUGGGUGGCUUUCAAGAUCCAUGCAGCUUUGUGUGAGGGGACUGAAUGCAGACAAACCACAGCCUACUCUAAUACCUUCUUACCCUACCACCUAGUUCCAAAUGGAACCAACAAGUUGAGUGCAGAUCUGUUGGGUGUUUUGUGUUGAGACUGGCUGAAAUGAAAAAUCUUUGACUGAUCAUGUUGUGAUGUGUCGACAGACUCAAGGACACGACCACCCUGACCUGGUCAUGUAGCAUGCCUGUGUGUGUGUAACAGGAUUCUGAAUGUUAGACUGUAAUACUAUUCCUGUAUGGGAGAAAAAAUAAUAUAAACAAAUAAAAAUCUAUUUAAAGCA